GCCAUCACGGAGGCCGUCGCCGACUGCCCCUUCUGCGUCACGGUCGCCGAUCCGGGCGAGGAAGACUGCCCGCUGGUGGCCGUCUCGGACGAGUUCCUGCGCAUCACAGGCUACGGCAAGGCGCAGGUCCUCGGGAGGAACUGCCGGUUCCUGAACGAGGGGUGCCCCGCGGACCUCCACGACAUCAUGGCCCUGCGCCAGGCCUCCAAGUCCGGGCAGAGGGUCACCCUGCUGCUGACGAACCGCAGGAGGACUGGGGAGCUCUUCGUCAAUCUCCUGGACCUGGCUGGCGUUACCAUCGCCAAGGACAAGAUUUCGGCCACAGAGGACAUCUGGUACCUGAUAGGCGUGCAGGCGGACGUCACGCACCUCGCCGAGGGCGAGCUGCCCAAGGACCACCUGGCCGAGCUGGAGCUCGUGGCCGGGGCGGUGCGUGCGGGCCUGGAGCGGGAGGUGCGGCAGAUGGCGCUGGACAGCGUCCAGGAGUGCAGAGCCGAGAACUCGUCCACCUGGACCGGGACCAGCCUAGAGAACAUGGACUCCUCCUCCAAUUGCGGGGAGCUCGUCAAGCGAGGGGUCUACAGGAGGGUGGCGGCGGAACUCAUGGCGCCAGUGGAUGUUUGGAGGGCCGCGCCAGCGGUGGAGGAGAGGGCGCAGGCGAACGCGAGCAGGACCGCUGGAGCGGAUGGGAAGACGGCCGCUGGAGCGGUUGGGAAGGCGGCCGCUGGAGCGGAUGGGAAGGCGGCCGCGAAUACCAAUGGCAAGGCGCAGUUGCGCACGUCCAAGGAGAGGGCGCCCCCGCAGGGCGAUUUCGGCGUCGAGUUGCAGCAGGGAUCGGCGGCGGCCGCCGCCGACAGGCGCAAGUUCCUCCGCGGCGCAGCCGCGCGAGCGGUCUCGGAGUGCCCCGAGGACAAGGCCCCUGCGGCCGCGUCGAAGGCUCGGCUCGCGCAGAAGAGGUGUUUCCCGUUCCUGUGCUGUCGAGCGUCUCAGUCACCAUGGGGCUUCCCGACGCUGCUGCGCUCGCCCAGGUUGCCCAGGAGCUCGAUGACAUGCCCACCUUUCCUGAGGAUGAUCGUGCUGAUGGCCGCCAUGAUCGGGGCUCGCCUGAGCCCAAGUACCCGCGCACCGAGGACGGCAAAGGCGGCAACGCCAGUGGCAAAGGGGUCGCAGGCAUGGCUGCCCGCGCAGCUGGUGCAGUCGGCUCAGCUCUCUUUGGCGGUCGUGGCGAUUCUCAGUGUACUCCUGGCUCCUCUCCUGCUGGUGUCCCUCGUGACCCUGCCCAGCCUCCACAUCAGCAGCCACAAUAUGAUGAUGACUAUAUCAGGCACGUCGCAGCCAACGCAGUUGCUGAACAAUUCGGAGAGCUACGGUCCGAACUGGAAUCUCUGGUUGGAUCUGCCGUCGGUCGACCAGCAGAUUAUGGCCACUGUUCGCCCCCACAUCGAUUCCAUUCACCGCGGCUUGCAGUCCAAGAUUGACUCCCUUGGUUCCCACGUCAACACGCUCUCGAUUGAUGUCGAGAAGCACACCGCAGACAUUGCCAACCUACGUAAGCAGAUGGAGGAGCUCCGCGGCGAACUCAUGGUCGCCAAGAGCACAGAGAAGGCACCUACGGCACCGCCCUUCUUCGAUCGCGUGGAAGACCCCUCUGUUGUCGUCGCCAUGGCCACGAAAAUGGUUGGGAUCGAGUCUGUGCGUGCAUCACUCUCCCCAUUCUUGGCGGAGUUGGGCUUGGACGCAUCGUCUUACACUAUCAAGUCCACUGGUCCGAUGCCAAGCAGAAGGUACCUCGUCUCAUUCAACGGCAGUGUGGGGCUCGCGUCCAAGUAUGUCAACAAGGUCUUAUCCAAUCUUAGGCAGAACGAUGACUGGCGUAUCUUCGAGCCUGAUGACCAGCCCUUCGACAUCUUCUACAACGACGAGGGCCUUAGUGAAGUCGGCAUUGCCAAGCACGAGGCUAUCCCCAAGUUGCGAUAUCUACAGCAGAUCCACCUGCAGUCCACGUUGCUGGCGAUGCAGGAAGUUCAUGCCGAUCGUGUCCAACUGGAGCAGUUCGUGCUCCAAGAGCAUUUCAAAGAGAUGCUCAAAGAGGCUGCGCGGGAGGUGCGCGACAUGCUCUUCACGCUGAAGGCGGAGAGUGAUGAGACGGCGAUCAUCGUGGCCCGCAGUGUGGACGGCGUCCCCUAUGCCGCCUGGAAUGCUUCUGAUUGCUGCGUCGACGUCUUGUGCAACACCCUCGACUUGGUGCUCGGCGGGGGGGCCCUCUUCGAUGCCGCGAGUGUCACGUUGCAGGCCUUCUUGCCCAAAGGUUCUGAGGAGGAAGACGAGGCCUCUGGAGGCUGUGCACGGUCAGCGGACAAAAUUCGAGUGCUCGGGCUGCGAAACACCGACCUGAAAAUCAUGACCUCUGUUGUCAACCGCUCGCUCCGUAAAGUGGUGGAGGAGGUGGUUCCCUGCUCGCAAAGGGGGUUCGUGGUCGGCCGUAAUUUCGGAUACAAUGUGAUCGAACUCGACGGCAUAGGAAGGCUUGCCGCUGCUCACCCUUGCUCCGACCUGUGCGACCCCCUCCUGAUCUCGUUUGAUUAUGGCCAGGCGUUCCCCAGUCUCUCCCAAGAGUAUCUGCUGAUGUUGAUGAAUAAGCUCGGGCUUCCUGGGCCCCUCAUGUGGUUCCUCUCGUGGCUGUACCUAGCGAUCCAAGGAGUUGUGGCCCAUGCUGGCCAGCUUAUCCCGAUAUACUGGUUGCGGUCUGGGAUUAUUCAAGGAUGUGGGCUCUCAGGGAGCCUCUACGCCCUCGGCGCGGCCCCCUUUCUCUGUGCGCUGGAGGAUACUCUGGAGACUCCUGGAUAUGGUAUUGCUCGGGCGUGUGCUGAUGAGAUAGGAGCGGUGGUGUAUGAAGCAAGGCACCUCAAUGUGCUGUAUGAUGUGAUGGCGGUCACGGAGUGUCUCACAGGGCUGAAGCUUAAGCCCCUGAAGUGCAAAAUCGUCCCGCUCAAGGGGGAGUUCACCGAGUCCCUCCAGAUCCACACUAUGUCUCUCGUGGAGCGCCUCGUCCCUGCCUGGCGCGCCUUCGAAGUGGCCUCCCACGUCCUCUACUUGGGCCUCCUGCUGGGCCCCGCCGUCACAGUUGACAUGCAGUGGCUCGCACCGCUGCAGAAGCUCAAAUUACGGGCCCGCAGAGAGGCGGCUUACCCUGCCGAGAUCAAUGACAGGUGCGUGCAAGCUAUCGCCCAGGAGCUCCAGGUCACCGACAGGAUGAAGGGCUGCAUCCCGAUCAACCUGGAGAUCCCAAUGACGGUGAUGGAGUGGACUGGCUUCAUGUUCUUCGAUGACAUUGCUUGGGAUUUCUUCUCGCUCCCCUCGUACCCUGAUGGCCAUCCCGUCGACGCCGAUUACCCCAUGUGCUUCUCGAAUGGCGGCUCCUUCCUCUUGUGUUUCCACGGGUCGUGCAUCUUCGGCGACGCCGAGUUCUCUGAGACUAUCUCCUCCCUCCCCGCGAUCCGCGUCGUGGACCCCUUCCCGCUCUGA